CAAAAUGGUGCCAGGAUGAUCCCCAUUGCGCAACAUGCAGCGGCGCCGCUACUUGCGCGUGGUGGUUGGCAUUAUGGUUCUGCUCUUGGUUGCUCGCCCUGCGCAUGCCUCGUUCACAUUCGACGUGUCUCCCGUGAAAGCGAACCCCUUUGAGCUCGACUUCUUGGAGCGAGCACUGAAGCCAGGCGGUCAAGUUGUGUAUUCGCGCACAGAGUACAAGAACCAACGAUGCAGUGAGGUCAUUCAAUCAUCGUCGUCGUCCACGGUCGACGGCGAUCAUGAUGAUACGAUUAUUGCAUCCGCCAACGGGUUUGUGCAGGGCGCCGUUCGUGCGUACAACCAGCACCACCACUUGAUCCUGCGGCCGGACGACGUCUGGCUCGCCAUCAUGACCCAGUUCGGUCUGUUUGUAAACGGACACGCCGAGGCCGUGCGCGACAAGCUCGUCAAACACAAGGAAGGCACGCAGGGGCUUGUGGUCAAAACCGUGGGCUCAUUGCGCACGGUGGACCACGGGUUCCUGGCGACGCAACUGGUCCAGCAGAUGACUGACCACCUUGUGGACCCGGCGCUAAGUGAGUGGGUACUUCCGUCGUUUAGCACGACCACGGACCACGACCGCGUCGUGGGGAGUGUGGUCAUGCUCGCGGCUGCGAAGAAGUACUUUACGUACAAAUCCGUGCUCAGUUGCGGGAUCCCCAGCGUCACAUUGCAUGGGUCCGUGUCCGACUGGCAAGAGAUUCGAAGGCGCGUCACCACCCUAUCUCGCUUUGACCACAUCCUCACGGCCAAGUGGCAGCGCAUGCUUGAGCCAGUACUUGACCAAUUCGUGGCCGCCGCAAACAACACGCCGGACGUUGGCUUUUGGCGGCGCAUCUGCCAUGCUGUAGGCGGAGGGUCGGGUCCGAGCUACCUUAGCGGAUGGAUCACACUAUUUUCAGUGUUCAAUGACCAGGGCGAGUGGAUGGGCGAUCCACGGACUGAGUCGGUCACAAUGUGGCGAACGAGUAACGUCCAAGGCGGCGCGCCUGCGAUAGAGGCGCAUGUGGAGACCAUUGGCGGCGAUUUCCCCGUCGUGGAGAUGGCAGAUGUCGCGCCAGGCUACCUCACGGUGGACGUGACCGUAAUCGACCACAGCGUUCGGUUUACUACUGUCCUGUUUGCAGGCCAUUUGGCGUACAAAGUCGAGGGAAAGAACGCAAUUCAGCCGACGCUGGCGUGGGCCAUGGCCCUUAAACCCAGGGAAAGAAAAAACAAGGCGGCGGCGUGCGACCAAGACAGUCAGGUGUGCGUGGCGCCGUAGUGAAAUAGGAGCCAAGUUCACCGAAUUAGUAUGAGACGUUUGUACCACAGUAGGAACGAUGCUCAUGGUUGUUGCCCGAGUACAUAUAUUAAUAGAUACUACUAGAUAUAAAUAAUUGAUUUUACGAUGAAGAGC